AUGCCCUUGUCACCGCCCCCCGCCACAGCCAACACGUAUCCGCCGCAGUCGCCGGCGCCCAAAGACCCUCCCUCAAUACCCGUCGAGCUUCUCGCUGCGUAUGCCAUCGGGGCAAGCGAAGCGGACGAGCGCGAGUUCAGCUUCUACGCGAAGCAGUUCGAUGGCCAGCUUGUAUUCUCAGGUAUCUUCUCCGCGAUCGUGGUUCAGCUUGUCCCGCAAACAUAUCCCCUGCUACAGACCGACAGCCCCGGGGCCUCUGCUAUAAUCAUGAACGUCGGAUUCUUCGGCGCGUUAAUUCUCAGCUUGUGUACUGUUAUCAUGGCGCUGCAGUGUCGAGCGUGGUUGGAUGGCUACGAGGCCUUUCGGUUGUCGGCGUGCGACCCAGCAAAGAACUCGCGCGAGGUGUUGGCUGCCGCAUGUCGGUUGCGGGAAUACCGCUACCAAGGACUCACCAAAUUCCACGUGCUCUUUGCUGCGCGUUCUUCUGGUCCGAUGAUGAUUUACGGCGCCUUCCUGCUGUUCUUCGUUGGCCUCAUCGUGCUGCUGCUCUCGGCGAACAAGCCCAUCGCCAUCGCCGCUAUCACUUUCCUCGGUCUGUUCCUAUGUGGCCACCUCAUCACGACGAUUGUGCCCUGCUUCCGCCCCGAUGCGCCGUAUAAGACGCCAAUGAGUGGCUUCAUUGUUGCGUGGUACCAUGGGUUCCGUUUGGGGAAGCCGCCUUCCCAGGAGCUCGUGGAUGGGGUGGAACGCGAAGAAGUGGAGGGGCUGGGGGCCAAUCUGGAUAAGGAUAUUCUGGCGUGGCUGGCCAGAAACGGGAGUAGCAACGUGGUGCGUGAGUUGGCGGAGAGAGAACUGCUUUCAAGGCAAGGGAAAGGAAACCUUGAGGCAUAA